AUGGCAAUGGUAUCGAAGAUCCCGUUCCAACUUACGGGCCGUUAUGCCGAACGCAACAAGUGGGAGAACCUCAACGGCCCAGGAGACUCGCGUGUAACCGGAAUGAAGAUCAUCGAAGACAAAGGUCUUGUCGGCGCCAUGAGUGACAAAGUCGUCCUAAUCACGGGCGUUUCUUCAGGCAUGGGGCCAGCCACUGUUCGCGCUUUAGCUUCGACCGGAGCGACCAUAUUCGCAACAGCGCGGAACCUCGACAAGGCCAAAGAGGCCCUGGGAUCCCUCCUGGACACGGGUCGUGUACACCUACUUUUCAUGGACCAGACGGACCUAUCAAGCGUCCGAGCCUGCGCCGAAGACUUCCGCCGGCGCAGCUCCAAGCUCAACAUCGUGAUCAACAACGCGGGCGUCAUGAACACGCCCGAGCAGCGCACCAAGGACGGCUUCGAGCUGCAGCUCGCGACGAACCACCUCUCGCACUUUCUGCUCUUCCACCUGCUGCGCGACCUGCUGCUUGCCAGCACGGAGCCGGGCUUCCACUCGCGCGUCGUCAACGUCUCGUCCUCGGGCCAUCGGUACGGCCCCGUGCGCUUCGACAACCUGAACUUGGACGGGAUAUAUGAUGGGUGGGCUGCCUACGGCCAGUCCAAGGCGGCCAACAUCUACAUGGCGAACCAGAUCGAGCGGCUGUUCGGCGCGCGCGGCCUCCACGGCUACAGUCUGAGCCCCGGCAGCUUCUUCAGCCCGAACCUGCAGAAAUACUCGCAGGAGGGUAUCGAGACCGCCAAGGGCGACCAGCGCAUGAUGAAGUACUUUGGCAGUUUCGAGCAGGCCUGCGCGACGAGCGUGUUCGGCGCCGUGUCCGCCGAGCUGGAGGGCAAGGGGGGCCUCUAUCUGGAAGGCGCUUCGGUCGCCGGGCCCGUGCCCCCCGACGGCGACGUGAUCGAGUACGGGUAUGGCGAGUGGGCCUUUGACCGCGAGAAGGAGGAGAAGCUGUGGGAAGUGAGUAGGCAGAUGGUGGGCGUUGAGUGA